GUUGACCACACAAACGUGCGGAUUGGAAGUCGAAAGUAGCCGAAACCGUAUAUACCAGCUGGUUGACUAAGCGUUAGGUCAGCGCUCAUUUGGAAGCUUUGUAUUUUGUUGCCUAGUAAUCAGCUGGCUUAUAAUUGAUGCUGGAAUCAUAUUGAUGUGUCGUUAAAAAUCCAGGAGAACUCAUUUUGAAUAAUACAAAUUCAGCAAUUAAUACGAGACGCACGGACAAGCUUUAGGUGGUACUGUAUGUUGCGGCGGAACUGCUUGUUAUGGCAGAGCUGCCUCAGCUGGGUAAACACUGUCACGUGGAAUCAUGCAAUCGUUUAGAUUUUUUGCCUUUUGAAUGUGUGCACUGCAAGAACACCUUUUGCAGUGACCACCGCACAUCGGAUGCGCAUGUGUGCGAUCAAGUGCAGGCACACAUUCUAUCUGACAAGGAGGCCAAGUGCAGUAGGACUGGAACGCUUUUCGGAUGCACAUUUAGCGAGUGCACACAAAAAGAACUCACUCCUAUAGCCUGUGGAUUAUGUGCCGCUAAUUUUUGCGUGCGGCACCGACACGCUCAAGACCACAAAUGCAAAUGUCUCCAACCAGUGUCGGAGCACAUGCCUCUCACCACAAAGGUAGUCCAGAAAAUACUGGAGUCAAAGAAGCCAGUUGAAAAAACCAUGUCAAGCAAAGCAAGCAUAUCUCCAACUGCACAGAAGGUGAAACUGAUGAAAAUGAAAAUGCAUGCUGCUGGUGAAAAAACUAUCCCCCUAGCCGACAGGGUGUAUUUUGAAGUAUACUUUCCAAAAGGCCACAAGGUUCGCUCAAAGCCCUAUCAUUUUUCAAAGUUAUGGACUGUGGGGAGAGCAAUUGAUAGCACUGCUAUAAUUGAGAAACUUCCAAACCAGAACAACAGGCAGACUGAAAAGAGGCUGCUGCUGUUCCAAGCAAGUACCUUAAAGGUGCUCGGUGUGAGCGACAGUUUUGAGACACUGUUGAACUCCAAGCUCCUGAAUGAAGCGGAGACAUUAAUUCUUGAAUAUGUUCCUCCAGACUGUGAUUCAUUGUCAGCAGACUAUCACUUUGAGGAAACUUGAGUUUCUUCAAUUUUUAAUAGGAAGCAACAUCUUGAAUCGAGGUUCACAUCUGUUGCAAGACAUCUCUGUGUGACUUUACUUGUUUUGUUAUAGCGAUUUGUAGCUCUACACUUCAACACCCUUUGCUGCAAUGAAGUUAUUCUUGAAAGUCGUACCACAGAGCACUCACAUGAUUUCAGUUCCUGGCCAUGGUGGAUGCAUUCUAACAGGGAAAAAAUGCUUACGUUCUAUUGAAGAGGCAGAACUUUUGCAUUACGCUAGCUUCUAGGUUGCAAAUUGAUAACUGAGGUGUAAGUUUGCAGAUGUGUGCAUAGGAAUGUAAAUUUGAGGGGAUCAACUGGCAUAUGGCUGGCGAACAAUGCAUUCUAUGAACUGCUUUUGCAAUGUCUCCAUGAAAGAGGGCUACAUGCUUUUAUUUUAUUGCAAGGAGUUAAUGUCACAUGGCACCCCAGGAUAAAAGAAAGCUUCAAGAGGCCAUUCACACUGCCAUACACUCAUCUAGGGUUUAUAUAUUGAUGUUACAUGAUUCUUGGUAUAGUGCCAGAAAUGCUGUUGCCUUUAGACUUCCGCGCACUUAGUGCUGGUCAAAUGAAAUCUCGUGAAAACAUAUACUAAAAUAUGGCUGUCCUAGUAUACUGUGUCUGACGUCUCCACAAGAGUGCUUGGCUCUGUAAUAAAAAUUAACUAUUAUUCAAAUACUGAAAACGCUGCCUACUACUACAAGCUGCCUCCUAGAAAGUUUAUUACUCCAAAAUGAUUGUUACUGACUGUAAAGGUAGCUGCACGAGGCAUGUCUAGUUGUUAAAGGAGAACAUCAAAUCAAAUGAAUUAGAAGGGCUUGCCAUCCAUUUUUAAAAUGUUUUCUUGUACCUGAAUAAAAUAGGCAUGUUUGAGUAUUUAUUUGUUUUAAAUGUCUUAAAUUUAGCACUUAGUGUGUGUCAUUAUAUUAUUCACAUUAUUCUUGCUUUAUCCUCUCUACUUUUAUCAAAACAUAAAUUAUCACAUAACAUUCUUGUUGUCUCUGUAAUUUGUGAUGCAAGCCUACAUAAUAAAAUGCUCUGUUUGUUGCUUAC